UUUAACACCCGCCCUAAUACCUUCGACACCCACACAUCGCAUACGCUCUCCAAUUCGAACCUCUGGCCACCAAACUUGAGCGAAUCCCACCUCCGGCCACUCCAGUGAGUUCUUCAGUCGGUUCUAAAAUGGCAGCAACAUCAGCAAGUACCCUUUCAAUCUGAUCAACAUCUCAUGCCUCCAAACCUACCCAACUGUUGCAACCCAAAACAUUUGCACCCCGCUCCCGAGUUGUAGCAAAGAAAAGAAGAGAAAAGAAAAGAAAGUAAGGAGAGAAAAGAAGAGAAAAGAAAGGAAACAAAAUUUUGAUUUGUGCUCCCGAGUCGGUGUCAAUUUCACCUCCCGAAACAAUCUCAAAUCCUCAUCCUUCCUAAACAAGGAAAGCAAUGUUUUUUGUUUAAAUCAAUUUUCUUUAUUAAAAAAAAAUCUAGAAGCUUUAAGACGUUUGCUACUAAACCCACUGAGUUAACCAACCUAUUUUAGCAAAGUUAAUAUACUCUAAUAAAUGAAUGUUUUUUUGCCACAUGUCACACUCUCAUUUAAUUUGCCAAAUAUCAUUUUAUGGUUAUUUUGAAUUAAUUUUUUUACACAUUUAAUUUUAUGGGUUUUCUUAUUUUAUUAAAUCCCAAAUAAUAUUUUAAUGUAAUAAUUACAAUAAAUGUACUAAUAAAUGGAUAUCCAUUAUAUUAAUAGACUUACCUUUUAAUUUCAAAAUUUCUAAGUUAAAGCUCAUUAGUUUCUUUUGUUUAUUUAUUUGAAUUAUUAAUAGACUUACCUUUAGGGUUCUGGUUUGACGGCUUAUCAUUUUGGAAGCGGAUUCAGAACUACAUGACCUCAUAAUAGGUUAAAUGGGUGCAUCUGAUUAUUCUUCUCUUUAAAACUUGCGUUCCUCUGCUUCUUCUUUUGAGUUCUUGUUGUGCAACUGAAAUGGGAGAUUGAUCAUAUGGAUCUUCUUCUUCCUCCUCAACUUCUAGCUACAAAAACGUACUGUGUAAAUGUGGUGAACAACCAAAGAUAAAAAGAUAAGAAGAACCCAUACCGACAUUUCAUUCGGUGCCCUAAUUCUAUGGAUUCUUCAAAAGAUUGUAAAUUUUUUGUAUGGUUGGAUGAGGAUUUGGGUCUUCAUAGGUAUAAGAGUAAAGUUAAUGAGUUGAAUAGGGAGAAUAUGGAUUUGUUCAACGAUAAUAUGAUCCUUUCCAAAAAGAAUAUGGAACUGGAGAAGGAGAACAUAUGUCUACAGAAGAAAUUGAUGAACCUUGAGGUGAUUGAAAAAAAGGAGAAUGAUAUGUUCAUGGUUAGGGUGAUGUUUUGUAUUGUUAUCGUUAGCAUUUUCAUUUGCUUUAUACUUAUGUAAUAUAGAAAGUUAUGUUAAUUUAAUAUCGCUAAUUAUGUAUUUGCUUUAUACUUAUGUAAUAUAGAAAGUUAUGUUAAUUUAAUAUCGCUAAUUAUGUAAUAGGGCAGGUUAGGUGUGUUAAAGUAUUGCAAGCAUGCUUAAGCAAUGUACCUUGAAUCAAUGUUUAACCGAUGUAUUUUGAAGCCAUGUAAUUUAAAUCCCCUG